AUGUCCGCCCCAGAUCAAGACAAUCGACAACCUCCCUCCCAGACCGAACCGCAUCAAACCAUACAAACACAGGCGCAAGACCACGCCGUCCAACCCCCGCCGACGGAACCCGAGCCGCAGACCGCCGCGGCGCCGACGAUAACAACAACGACAACGACAACGACACAAGCAACAGCGACAGCGCAAUCAUCACAACACCAAGAACAGCAAGGAGAAGAAGUAGAAGAACAACAGCCGCCAGCCUCCCCUCCCCUCCCGCAAAAACACACCCCAGUGACACCCGGCCCGCGCGCGACCCGCUUCACGCAGCUCUACGACAUCGCCCUCCAGCGCACCCUCCAAAAGGUCAGCUACGACAACUUCGCGUCGUGCUUCCCGACCAUCGCCGCCCAUGCGCCCAACACCCUGCGCAACGUCCAGAAGCAGAUGGUCGACUACCUCGAGGAGCGGUGUAAUACCGCACCUCCUGCCCCCGACGAGGUCCUCGCAGCCCACCUCGCGCCGCGCCUCGCCUCGCAGCAGUCCCACCUCAACGCCCGCCUUCAAAACACCCAGGCCUCCAACGAGUCCCUCUUCGCCGCCGUCCGGUCCCAGCGCGCCGAGAUCGACUCCCUCCUCGCCCAGCUCGAGAGCCACGUCGCCGACAUUGACGGCGCCAACGCCAUGCUGGUCGACGUCGCGCCCGAGCUGGCCGCCGAGGCGCGCGCUUCCGAGGCCCAGAUGUCCGGGAUGUGA